AUGUCGGUCCCCCUGAAGCAGCGCGUGCGCCAGGACUGGCACAAGAUCGCCUUUGCCGGCUCCUUCUUCGUGGCGGCCUGUGCCACCAUCACCGUCUGCGGCGGCCUGGCCGCCCUCACCAACUACUGCCUGGUCAACCAACCACUGGGCCUGGGCGCCGGCUUCGACCUGAACCCGCCCAUGACCGUCUUUUCCACAGAGGUGAUGAGAAUCCAGCGGGCCAUCGUAUCCACAGACACAGGCGCCUUCGACUGCGGCCGCUUCUUCCGGUUCGACUGGACGCUGUGGGCGCUGCAGGUGGUGUUCCUGCUCAUCGUGGGCAUCAGCUGGUACCGCGGUACCAUCCACCGCUACCAGGCGGGCCACUGGGCGCUGGGCGCCGCCGUGACUGCCUGGCACAUGUACAAGAUCAAUUACAUCAUGGACAUGGACUACUGGACCACGGGCCAGCUGCACACCAACGGCAUCAUCACCGCCGGCGGCCUGCUCUUCUGCUGCAUCGGCAACUACUGCAUGUUCUUUGCGGGCGGGCCGUACGCCGAGUAUGAGCGCUCGCGCCUCAACAACAUGAGCGGCGUGGACAUGGCCCAGCCCAGCGCCGCAGCCCUCAAGGCGGGCAGCUUCUCGGGCACCAGCGAGGAGGUGUGAGGCGCUCUGACCGGCCGCAGGCACAGGCGCGCAACACCGGCCUGUGGCGGCGGGCUGGCACAGGCGCGGCCUCCCAUGCAGAGGCGCAGCCUGGUGCCGGGGCAGCCGUGUGCGGGCGCCUGCACUGCAUUAGGCAGGGGCCAGUCCCCUUUUCAAUCCCAACCCCAAACCCAACAGACUGAAAGCAAAGUUUUUGGCUUGGCUGGGUGCCAGCUAUCCUGCACCAGCUGUCCCCCCAUUUCUCCCUUUUUUUCCGGAGCGCUGCGGGGACCCAUUUUUUCAGCCGUCUCUCCCUUCGUCUGCUAAACCCCAAUGGAACGGCAUCGUGUGCCAAUAGUGCCAAUAGUGUGCCGAGCGCUGUGUUGCACGCCCUUCAAUAAUCUCCUUUUCCAAUUCAGCCCAAGCUAAGCGGACAUGCCGAACCGCUGCGCUGGCCCUUCUCCAAUCAUUGAAGUGUCCCCUUGCCCCCCGCUACUACCACUUGGCAAGCAUCCUCAACAGUACCUGCUUUCCCAAUCAGUACUACCUGCCUUGCUCCUUGCUGCUGCUGUCGGCGGGACAGUUGAUGGCACCUCCAGUUGUAAGCGCUCACAUGGCA